AUGCAACCAGAGCCUACUGCCGUGUCUCAAAGUACGCCCCCCGUUGACUCAUAUCCAGUCACAAUCAGUCCCACCCAGCAUGGACAUGACCUCGACGACGCUCAAGUCUCUGAUCUCCUCGAGGAAGAGGAGAUCAGAGACUCUGCAGACGUCCCGAGCAUGUCGACACACGAAUCCGACGCGUCCCUGAACGAGGUCGACGGUCGCUCUGCCCCGCUUAAGGUCCAUCGAGUGAGCCAACACGAGAAUGCUCGCACUGCCCCAAGACAAACAGCAAAUACUGGAUUAUGCUUAGUGGCUUCUAUUCGAAAGUCGCAAACGUCUCUUGAGACAUUUCCGAAUGAGGUUCUCACCCAUAUUCUAUCGCAUCUACCUCCACAAUCCUUGUCCGCCAUUACCUUGGUAUCCCAUCGAUUCCAUGCGCUAGUGACUACUCCUCAUGCUUGGAGGAUCGCCUUCUCGCGAUUCUUCCCCGGGCCCCAUGCCAUUGAGAAUGAUCGGCGUACCAAUACCGAUGCGGCAGACCUACAGUCGGACAGACGAUUCUUCGCGAGGCUGACUGCACUAGCCUCCUGGCGCAGCGAAUACAUCUUGCGCACCCGCUUGAUGCAGUCGUUAUCUCGGGGGAAACCGGCGCAUUUCGACCCGCCCAAGAAGCAUGGAACUCUCCUCUUCCCAGUCAGUCACAUACAUGCCUCUUUCAGGCCCGACAAGAACCCUCACUUCAUCCAUGGAGCCGCAGAGCAAGGGAUAGCCUCUGCAAGUGACCCAUCGACCGUAAAAGUCGGCACCUGGGGUGUCUCCGAUCACCAAAUGUUCCGCCACUUUGCCGAUCUGUUUCCUGGUGAAGCUCAAUACGGCCUCGGAUCGGGUGACAUGGUCGGUGUGCCUAACUUGAUGGACGUCAGUCAACCAUAUGGCAUGAUCUAUGGCGAAGGGUGCCCCCAGGGUCGCAGCUACUUUAUCUCAACGACGGAGCAGCGUGGUCGGUUCUUAGGAGCUUCGGAUUUGGGUUCUCAUCCACCACUCGGCAUCCCGGCCGUGAACAUGAUCACACAUGCUGUCUGUUCAGUGUGGAUUGCCAAAUCUCCUCAGAUCCUCAAAAUGACCCAGGGGUUGGUGGGGAUGCUGUCUGGAUCGUCUUCGGGCGUGUUGACUGCGUAUUCAUUGGGUCCUCAUCCGACUUACGAGAGGCGUUAUGAGCAAGGCCAAGCCACUGCUAGAUGGGUCCUGUGCCCUGGUGUUCCUAUUAUUGGAAUCGCCGUGGACGAUCAAUAUUCACCCAAGCGCCAUUCAGGAAAACGAAUCUGGGCCGUUGCCCUUAAUGCGCUAGGAGAGAUAUUCUACCUCACUGAACUGCCUCGGGCACCUGAGCUCCUACCCACAGCCAAACUAAACACCGAGCAGCUGGACGAGGUGGCUUGGAAGACUGGCAGAAGUGUGCAUUGGGAGAUGAUCGAAGCGAGCAGGCGCGUAGCACGCCCAGACCCCUUUAAUCGUGAAUUGGUCGAUGGCAGCUACAGUCCACGAUCUUCAUCGGAUUCCAUGGGACUAGAUGAGCACCAGAUUGCUGCUGAAACGAAGGAGAUUGAAAAUUUUAUCUCUUUUAAGCCUAAGCAUUUCCGCAAAGUCUGUGAAAGCUGGGACAUGCAGCGCGAUCUUAAGGUGGACUUUGCUGGCGAUGACGGAUGCGGGGCAGGUGAGUCGGUCAUUGUCAUUGCUCGCGGCUCAGACGAAGACGCAAAGGCAUCGAUCCGGCGCUUCAUGCGCACUGCUUCUGGGUCUGAUUUCAGCUCAGCCCCGCCAGCUACGCCAGAGCCCAUAUUGGGUACAACGGAAGUUCGGCCAUCAAUUUUCGGUGGCCCGGUUAACAUUCCGGCCGUUACUAGCAUUGUUUCCCCAUCUCGAUCUUCCGGACGGAUGGACUCACCUUCGACCAACUUCGGGUGGCGUCUCUCGGAUUUUGUUUUUGGUGACCGCAAGUCUACGGAAGUGAGCGCUAGUGUAUUGGAUGCGUCCACUUUCGCGACCCUUACAGCCGAAGAGGAUCCUCUUUUGGCUAUGAGUGGGAGCUCUACCUCGUCUGCGACAUCAUCCCCAAUGUUACCACAUAUGGAUCAGCCACGGUCUAGCCUGGAAGUUCCCGGGCAACGCGCUCGAUACCUAGCUGUUGGAACCCGUACAGGGAUGGUGUUUGUCUGGGAUAUCCGAACCCCGGCUGCGAAAUCUACGGAGGUUAUCAAUCCCAUCUCCCCAUUGCGCAUCAUUCAAACAGACUCGCCCCAGGUGUCUUCCUUGGCCAUCUCAUCAUUGUACCUUGUACAUGGCGGUAAUGAUGGCCUCGUGCAAGCCUGGGAUCCGCUAGCAUCAUCUACCAAGCCAAUCCGGACCAUCAACUCCCGUUUUUCGACCCGGGCACGUCGUCGGCUUGUGCAGGCCGAAGCCUCUAUUCUAGGUGUUGGAAACAAUUACUAUGCUACAGGGGCUAUCUGCCUUGAUCCAGACCCAACCGUCCUGCGUGGAAUGGUAUCACUUGGCACCCACUUGCGAUACUGGUCUUACAGUUCAUCCGAGGCCGAUCAGUACAAGUCCAGCAAGCGCCGCCUUCGCCAUUUGUUACGUCGCAGCAACGGGGCUGCCGAAGGCCAACGCUUCAAUAAUAGUGGCCGGGGUGCAAUUGAGGACUUUAUUGAAGACGAGCGCGUGGAUAUGGAGCGUCAAAAAAUUGCCGAUGAGAAAGAACGAGCACAUUUGAGCGCGCGUUUCGGAAUUGAUCUUCUUGGUCCAGAUAUCGACGAGGAACAGCUUUUGGCGUAUGCCCAACUCCUGAGCGAGGAGGCCUGCUCUGGCGGUGCGGCGAAACCUAAGGACAGCCCCACAAUCUCUAGCUCGGCUACAAGCGCUUCAUUCGACACUGUUGGUCCUAGUUCGUUUGGCCUUGGCGAGGUUUCAUCCUCUUCGUCCCCCUAUCAAAAUCCCUCAGACGAUAAUGAUGACGAACUUGCCGAGGCAAUUCGCCUUAGCCUGCUUGAUGAGCAAAGUGCUGCUCUACCAUUUGACCAAGUGUCUUCUAUCCCUAUCAAGUAUGCCAAGGGAGUAUGCCCGCCUGCAGCCGAAGAGGCUGAGAGCAGUAGACGACAAGAGAUGGAUGAUCUAGAGUUUGCAAUUCAACUCAGCUUAGCUGAGGGCAAGAGUCGGGAGGAUGGUGAGUGGGAGGAAUUCCCAUCUCUCGCGGGGCUAAUACCUGCCUCACCGUCAGGCAAGGGAAAGGGUAAAGCGAGGGUUGUUUAG